GAACUACCGCUCCCAGGGAGCCGCGCGGCGUCGCGCCGGGCCGUGCCCCCGUGGGCGGGUGGCUGGGCGGCGGGAGCGGGGUCCGCGGCGCAGGAUGGAGAGCCCGGCGGUGACCUUCACCUUGGCUUACCUGGUGUUCGCCGUCUGCUUCGUCUUCCCGCCCGACGAGGUGCGCUCGGCCGGCCUGACGGUGCAGAGCCUGCUGGCCGCCUGGCUGGGCAGCGAGGACGCGGCCUUCGUGCAGUACCACCUGCGGCGCAGCACCGGCACGUUGCUGGCGCACUCCCUGCUGCCCCUCGGUUAUUACCUUGGUAUGUGCUUCGCUGCACCUGAGAAACACCUUUGCUUCUUCUACCUGGCCUCAAAAGAAUGGAAAAUUUUCUUCUUCUUUGCUGUUCUCCUUCCAGCAGUCAGCAGCACCCUGGCGUAUUACUGGUCACGGAAAGGUUGGAAUAACCACCCAUUGGCCCGGACACUCGCUGUUUAUGCUCUGCCACAGUCAGGUUGGAGGGCAGUGGCUUCUUCCAUCAAUACAGAAUUUAGGAGAAUUGACAAAUUUGCCACCGGAGCCCCAGGAGCGAGGGUGAUUGUUACAGACACAUGGGUGAUCAAGGUAACCACCUACUGCCUACAUGUCGCCCAGCAGCAGGACAUUCAUUUGACUGUGACAGACUCCAGACAGCACGAACUCACACCAGACUCAAACAUGCCCGUGCAGUUCCUCACCAUCCGUGUUGCCAGUGUUAAUCCCUAUGUGAAGGCAUUUGAUAUCCGGCUGAACUCCACAGAGUAUGGGGAGCUUCGAGAGAAGCUACGUGCUCCCAUCAGCAAUGCAGCUAAUGUUGUGAUCCACCAAAGCCUUAGUGAUUUAUUUCUAGAAACCUUUACAUCUCUGGUGGAAAUGAACCAGACGUAUUCUGUUCCAAGCACUCAGGAGCUGGAGCCAUGCAUAGGAUGCAUGCAGACUAUUGCAAACAUCAAGCUCAUCAAGAACUGCCAAGAGCCAAAUGAAGGGGAAUGUCAGCAAUGCUACUGUCGUCCAAUGUGGUGCCUCACCUGCAUGGGCAAAUGGUUUGCCAGCCGACAGGACCAGCAGCACCCAGAGACAUGGCUGUCAAGCCACGUGCCUUGUCCAACUUGCAGAGCCAAAUUUUGCAUUUUAGAUGUUUGCAUAAUACGAUGAAUAACAUUUGGGUAUGUUCUAACUUUUUAAAUUUGUAUUUCAUCGUGGUUUUGGUCAAAAGGCCCAUUAGCAUUGUUUCUUAGACUUUGCAUUACACAGGAGUGCAAGCUCCAGAGCUCUGUUUUACAGCAUUGAAAAUGGAUGUACAUUUGCUCAGUUCUUCUCAAUUUUUACCUUUUGUCUUUGGUUUUUACACAUCAGAUGUCAGUUUCUGAAAAAUGUUGCUUGAAACGUUUAGUAAAAUUUUGCUUUCUAUGUCUUGGAUGGUAUAAAAUCAUCCUAUCCAUGUUUGCAAUACUGUUCUCUUUUUAACCUAGGUAUUUCUGACUCUUUCAUAAAGGGCUGAGAAAAUUACUUUGGUUAUACUUCACUGAUACUUUUGUUUAUUCUUUAAUCCAUCUGCAAAGUUCUUAUUCAUCUUUGCAAGUGUACACCAAACAAGAGUACCAGUUGUUCUCCUUCUGCUGGUCCCCUCCAUUUAUAAAGGAGAUUGGUUUCUGUAGACAAAGGAAUUGGAUUCCUGAAGUUACAUAAUUUCCACAGGGACCUUUUAUUCCAUUAAUCUGCCUUCAGUUUAUUUUUUGAUGGACUUUUUUAUUUCAAACAGAAGGAUUUAGAACUAUAUCCUGCUUACUUGCACUGCUGUUGCUGUGCAGUAUUAAAUCUAUAGAGCUGCAUUGCUUAAGGUUUUAGAGUUUUCUAGGUGAUGGCUUUUUCCUAUAUUUCAAAUAUCUGAAUUAUCUGAAUUACCUGAAAGAAUGCUCGACUACUUCAAAGACUUCACUUUUUGUUGUUGUUGUUAAUGUUUUUCUCCUGAAGGACUGCCUUUUCUCUGAAAUAGAUGUCAGGAUCGCAGAGAUUGAAGUUGCUGUGCUAGGCACCCGAGAAUGGCCGAUCAUCAUUUCCCUAAUGAAAAUUUUUCAGGCUUGCACUUCAAAGCCUGAUCAUAAGGAACAGACAUUGUUUUAGCAUUUGUAGGGUACCAGUGCAUACUUCCAGAUGCAGUGUGCAUCCAAAUAAUUUGUAAAUUCAAAGUAACUUCCAGAAACAAAUGGGCCAGAUGAUGAGAAAGGUGUAUUUUAAUGCUUUGGUCCAGGAGAAUGAAAGCCCUGAUACUUCCCAUAAUCAGAAGGAUCUUAAUUGUAAAUCAAAAGCACAAGUGACAUGGCAGUGCUUAACUGGCACCUCUAGACUGCCUUGAGAAGAAAGACUGCUUUGAGCAGAAAUUGCUGGCAACAUUUUUUAACCUUUAGCAGAAUCCUGCAGGGCCAGGUGGGGUUGUCUGCUAUGCACCUUCUCACUAUACACCAGACUUUACAAAAAAUGUUUACUUAUGGUAAGUUUGCAUAAUAUGGCACAGAUAUAAAGGAUGUGGUAAUUCAAACAGUUGUAGAAGAGAAUGCAUAAUUUUGGACUUUGUCACUGACAGUCCUUCAACUUGUACAUCUCUUUUUCAGUUUGGAAUAAAAAUAUUUUAAAGAUCUAUGAAGAUCAUAAAAACCUUGAGACUUUUGGAUUACAGCACAUGUAAUUGCAAAUAUUCUUAUUAAAAAAAAAAAAAAGAGUCGAUUGCCCAUAAUAUUGCAUGGAGUAAAAGCUUUAGAUUCCCAAUUGCUUGUGCAGUACAGUUUUUCUUUAGGGAAAUCUAUCAUCUUUGAAUUGAAGUUUCUAUUUCAGUGGAACUUUGCUUUUACCCAUCUUAUUUCUUUUGCCAACAUGACAGUAAAACAAGGUAAUAGUCAUAAAUGUAUAGUACUCUUGAAUCUUUUGCUGGUUGUGCUCUUUCCACAGAAGUGCCUCAACUUUAGUAAUAAUUACCAAAAUAAAAUGAUGAAUUAUCUUAAUAAUAGUGCCUGGCUUAUAUUCCUUAAAAUAAGCAUUUUCUCUAAGUUUAAAUUCUCAUGGUAGUCUAGCAUGCCUAUGAAGUUUUUAAGCUUUUAAAAGGCAAUGUUACAGAACAAACUUGUUAAAAAUCUCCAUGAUGUUCUCUUCAUAGAGACGGAAGAAGGCAAAACCAUGACACAUUUCUGAGCACAGGUCAUCUGUUAUCUUAUAAUUCACCAAAUGUGAAAUUUAUUCCUUCUGUAAAUUUUCCUACUAUAAGCUGAAUGUAGAGGGCUACAUAAAAGAAGACAUGAAAACAAUUAGUGUAUUUGUCUCAGAGGAAAACGAAAGAAAAGAGAAUAGCACAGGAUAUCAUGAAAUCAGAGGGGGAGAUUUUCAGAAAGGCAAUAAAAGAACAAUGUGUUCAAUUAAUGGUAUGAAUUUGGGGAUGUUUCUCUAGCACGUGGGCUUCCAUCCCUUUGGCUCGCUCAGGCCACACUGAAUGAACAGAAAUUGUCUUGUGUUCUAUAAAGUAUAUAGUCAAGGAAUAUAAAUGACAAGAAUGUUUAUUUUUAUACAUUUUUUAUUAAAACACAAUUUUAAAAGGGUAACAAAAACAAAGAACUGGUGGAACAUUUGACCUUGCUUUUGUGUAACACAUCUACGUCUGGUUCGAUGGAAGCAGUUGCAAUUCUUAGUUCUCAAGACACAUUUCAGAGAUUUCUGAACUACUUUUACUCUUCCUAUAUUACAACAACGUAAUGAACAAAAAAAGGCAUUUCAUACAGUUUUGUACUUCCUAUACUACAGCUGUUAACACCUAUUUUAAAUUAUUGACUGCAGACACUGCAGAUGAUGUGGGUCAUUUUUACCCUUCCCAAAAUUACACAAAAAAAAUUCCCAUAUUACACACCCACGUUUCAUUGGUUAUUAGUAGAUGAUACUCCAGUAGUCUGCAUUCAGAAGGCCUAUCGAUCUGUCAUUUUUUACCAAUUUAAAUAUAAAUAUAAAAAAAAUAUAUAAAAUAUAAAAGUAAAUAUAAAAUUUACUACCCCUUCUGAAGCUGUAAAGCCUGGCUUGUAUGA